AUUGGAUAAUUAAUUUACUUCCACUAUAAAUUUGCUUAUGAGCCAGCUUUAACUAUGUCCAAACAAGCAUCUGUAUGCAGUAUUUUUAUUUUCUAGAUAUUCUGCAAUUUCGGUUUGACUUCCUCUUUUUCCUAAGCCAACUAAAACACUUUUUUAAAAGUUCAAGUAGUUGUGACUUUUUUAUUUUAGUUGUUUUUUAUUUGUUUUUGGUUUUGUUUUUUUUUUUUUCCUCCCCUUUCUUGAGAACACUAGAAAGUUAUGUAUCUUGCCCUUCACUGCAUUUGAGUUUUCCCCCGGGACUCCUCUUCCCCCACUUUCUCGCACCUUUAAUGAUAAAGAUCAAGAGGAAAGUUCUCCUUAAAGCCCGACGAGAACGAGGGAACCCUGCGGGCCAGUAGAAGAAACAGCAAGCCAGCCCCGCAGGUCCUUCGGUGAAUGAGGGCCAACCCCUGGUUCAGUAGGCGCUGCGCCAAGGAGAAGUAGGGACCACACCUCCGCGGGCUUGUGGACGAUUGGCCAAUCGUCGCCUCCGAAGUCCUGCUCUGUUCUUUGAUUGGUUUUGACGGAGAGGCCCCCACCUCGCUUUAGAGGCCUAGCGCCUGACUGGGACCUGGACGGUGGCCUGUGAAGGACAAUAGGCUUGCGGAGCGGAGGAAAGGUUUUGCAGGGAGUGGGAAGCAGCUGGUGUAACCAGAAGUCGGAGAGCGACCGGGUUGUGGAGCCAUGGCGGCAACCUCUGCGGUGUCGGUGCUGCUCUUGGCGGCAGAGAAGAACCGGUGGCUGCGAGUCCCGAGCCUGCUGCUGCCGCCGAGGAGAUGGACUUGGAGGCAGAGAACCAUGAAGUAUUCAACAACCACAGCAGGACGAAACAUUGCCAAGGUCCUCGUUGCAAACAGAGGAGAAAUUGCCUGCAGGGUGAUACGAACAGCCAAAAAAAUGGGAAUACAGUCCGUGGCUGUUUAUAGUGAGGCCGACAAGAAUUCCAUGCAUGUAGACAUGGUAUGUUGUUAACAACUGAAAGUCAAAUUUUGU